CUGAGGUGGACAGCCUCACAUAGUCAUGGAGCACUCACUGUAUUCCACCGGAAGAUGCAUUCAGUCCAGUAGGACUCUUGCUCCUGCUUGAGAAUGCCAGGUGUCUUGCAGUGGUUCUAACAGCACUUUACACGGCUCACCAGUACCCCAGGUCAUUGAUCGGAGGGACCCAAACCCCAGUCGAAUGCAGAUGCCGCAGGGGAACCCGCUGCUGCUGUCCUGUACCCUGCAGGAGCUGCUGGCCAGGGACACUGUGCAGGUGGAGCUCAUCCCGGAGAAGAAGGGCCUCUUCCUGAAGCAUGUGGAGUAUGAGGUUUCCAGCCAGCGCUUCAAGUCCUCUGUGUAUAGACGGUACAAUGACUUUGUGGUCUUCCAUGAAAUGCUGCUGCACAAGUUCCCAUACCGCAUGGUGCCAGCCCUUCCACCCAAGAGAGUGCUGGGAGCGGACAGGGAAUUCAUCGAGGGCCGAAGGAGGGCCCUGAAGCGCUUCAUUAACCUGGUGGCCCGUCACCCCCCUUUCUCUGAGGACACCAUCCUCAAGCUGUUCCUUUCGUUCAGCGGCUCAGACGUGCAGAACAAGCUGAAGGAAGCAGCACAGUGUGUUGGAGAUGAAUUCAUGAACUGUAAGCUGGCUGCUAGGGCCAAGGAUUUCCUUCCAUCUGACAUCCAGACUCAGUUUGCCGUGAGCCGGGAACUGAUUCGAAACAUCUACAAUAGCUUCUACAAAUUGCGCGACAGGGCCGAGAGGAUUGCAUCGAGGGCCAUCGACAAUGCUGCUGAUCUUCUCAUAUUUGGGAAGGAGUUGAGUGCUUUAGGGUCUGACACGACCCCACUGCCCUCCUGGGCCGCUCUGCACCUCAGCACGUGGGGCUCCCUGAAGCAGGCCCUGAAGGGUCUGUCUGUGGAGUUCGCGCUGCUUGCGGACAAAGCUGCGCAGCAGGGCAAACAGGAAGAGAAUGAUGUGGUGGAGAAGUUGAACCUUUUCCUGGAUUUGCUCCAGUCCUAUAAAGAUCUGUGUGAGCGGCAUGAGAAAGGUGUGCUGCACAAGCACCAGCGGGCCCUGCACAAGGAUGGCCUGAUGAAGAGGCAGGCGGUGCUCAACCGCGAGCCCGAGUCGGUGGAGCAGCUAGAGUCCCGUAUCCUGGAGCAAGAGAGUGUGAUUCAGACCAUGGAGCUUCGGAACUACUUCUCCCUGUACUGCCUGCACCAGGAGACGCAGCUCAUCCACGCCUACCUGCCCCUCACCUCCCACAUCCUUGGGGCCUUCGUUAACUCUCAGAUCCAAGGGCACAAGGAGAUGAGCAAGGUGUGGGAUGAUCUGAAGCCGAAGCUCAGCUGCCUUUUCGCUGGACCACAUAGCGCGCUGACGCCACCACGGUCCCCACAGGACGGCGUGUGUCCUCACUAGCACCUGAGGCUGCAGCACAGUUCCCUGUGGCCUCACUAAAGCCUCUUUCCAAAUGCUGUGUCCCUGGCCAAUUCCCUUCAGGUGGCCACUGCCACCUGUGGUGCCCUGGUGGGUGAAAGGGAACUCACAUCCAUCUGAACCUGUGGGUGUGGCUGGCGGUCUCUCUCUUCCCUGGGUGGAGGGUCUGUGCCCCGCAACCCCUGCCCAGCCUGCCCUGUGGCUGCUAGCCCGGUGCUGAGAAUGGAAGUUUCUCAUGACACCCAGAGCCAGGGUUGCUGAGGCUCAUUUUCACACAGCAGAUAAUGCCUAGAGGAAUGUGACGGGGGCUCUAGGUGCUAAAACAGUCCAGAGGGCUGACCUGGGGCAGGGGUCAGCUGAGCAGGGCAGAUGGGUAGAUGGGACUGUCCCAUGGCCAGGCAGCUUUCGGGUGAGCAGAUGGCUAGUCAGACAGAGGUCUGAAUGUUGACCAGUGUCUGCAGACAUUCCAGGCUGGAUGCUCACUGAUGUAGGUUGCUGGAAGUAGUAUUCGAUGUUCUAGGGGACAUCUGGGGAUGUUUUAGUGGGUAUCUACAGAGCCCGAGUAUGGGGUCAGGUGUCCUCAAACUGCUCCCUCCAUGUGGGUGUACAUUGUGAUCCUGAGUGUAAGACAAAGGCACAUUGAGAUCUUUGGAGGUGACCGUGGGUGCCUCUGUCUGUCGAAACCGCUCUGUUCUCCUUGUUUUGGGGCAUCCAAUGUUGGACUCCAUGUUGUGGGGCACUGAGACUUUAGGGGUGGGUAGUGGACAGUGUGGAGGAAUGUGUUGCCUUCAGCUGGGGCUUUAGGGGGAAUAUCUGUGUGAGCGGACUUAACCCCUUUUAAAAUGAUUUCCUUCUUUUGGGUAACUGCAACCCCCACCCCACUCCUGUGCUCCCCCAGGAGACUGGCUAUCUCAGGCGACUUCCUUCUUCUGGUGAAGAAAACCAUUCUCGGAGACCUGGAUUGCUGCUGCUUACACCCCUUCUGUGGUGAAGGUGGAGCCUUCCUUGAGCCCCUGUCCUAGUUGCCCAGGGAGAGGUGUAGAAAUUCCUUUCAGUGAUGCCCGUUAGACACUGAGGGGCAGGACUCAACCUCCCUGGACGUCCAUGCAGCUUGCAGGCCUGGAACAGGGAGCCCCAGCAUCCUGUGUACCCUGAGGGUGGGUAGUCCUUAUACUCAGGCCAGAGCACAGAGUAUUGUGACAUGGUGGCUAUGGGGAUUUGAUCUUGUCCCUGCUAUGGAAGCAAGUCUUGGUUACUGUGUGGACCUGUGUCACCUGCAGGACUUAUUCCUUGACACCAAGACACACAUGAGCUGUAACACCUGGCCCUGUUCGUGCUGAGCAGGCCACAAGGCCUCUUCUGUCCUGCCAGGAUUCAGGAGCCUGGCCUGUCUGGCUGUGAGACUGAAGGUUGUAUGGGGCUGAAGGCCUGUGUCUCCUGACUGGGCAGGGCUGCACUCCUCAAACCAGCCACUGGGACUUCUGGUCCCAAGCCUUCAAGAUGAACUUUUCUGAAAAUAACUUCACUGGCAGGGACCCUGGGUGAGUGAGAGAGUCCUGGUCACAUUCCUGGUGCCUCCUGCUUGGAAGGAGAUCUCAGGGUCCUUAUGUUGUUUUGGAAAUGUGGGCCUAUGGGAGGACAGCCUGUCUGCUGUGCUUCAGUGCCCAUGCCUCGGGAGCCAGGGUGUAGGGCUGUUUCCUACAUGGCGACAGUUCAGUUUGGAUGGGCGCUACCUUCCUUCAUCUCCUACUCCCAGGAAGAAGAUCAGUGGGACAGUGGAUACCUGCUAGACCACAGAGGCCAUUUUCUGUUUCUCACAUGGUCACUUCCAGGUCCUGGGUUGCAGGUGUACUCCCACCUGGGGCGGUAAUGGCUACUCCCAGUUCUGGGGUGGAGUUCUUGUGGUGGCAAGGACCAAGGGUUCCUAUACAUUUCCAUGACUGUCCUGCUGCCUCAGCCUGCGUGCCACACUGCAGCCAUGCCUGGCCUGGAGGAAGAACUGCUAGGUGUAACUCCUGGGCAAGGGAGGAUGGGUGGGAUCUUGGCUGCCACCUAAGUUUGGACAGCCUGCAUGGCCAGUAGGAGGGUGACUGUGCAAAAAAGGAGCAAGUAAAGCGUUUUUGUCAGGCCCACCUUGCUCCAACCAGCUCACUCAGUGGUAAGGAGCUAGGUUGUCCAGGCCAUGCAGAAAGGGAAGAUGGACUAUAGGUCACCUUGGGGACACCUGGGACUCUGAGCCGAUAAAUUCAGGAUUUUUUCUUAGUGUCUGAGGCCUUUUUUUGUGCUUUGCGUGAGCCAGUCCUAUGUAUGAAGCACUUUACUCAGCUGCAGGAAUCAGUUACUACUACACCCAAUAAACUGGAACUGUUUACAGGUGAUCUGUGUUUUGUUUUUUGUUUUUAUCAAUGAACUCAAUAUGUCUGAAAGUCACAGGUCUUUUGUGCAGUGGUGAUCCAGCUCUCUCUCUUGCUGGUGGUCCUAAAGGGGAAAGUGAAUGGCCCAUCCUCCUGUGGCAGGGCCUGUGACUGUCUCAGUGUCCCCCACCGUAGAAGGUGAUGGUAAAAGAACAAUAUGUUCUCAUCUGCCCACAGCCUGCACACUGGGUAGACAGAAGGCCCUCCUUUGUCCCUGUCUCCUCAGCCUAGCAGGGUGGGUCUGGCCCACACUGCUGUCUGACGAAGACUUCAAAAGAUGAAGACCUUUAUUUUCCUUACCAAACAGAAAAAGUGAGCCCUGACUCUUGGUGCCAUGAACGCGGCUGAACUGACAGUCUCGGCUCUGUGCUAGAUUUCCUCCACCUCGUGCAGAGAGUAGUCCAGGAUGGUGUCCUGACCCUGGAACUUGAAGUACCCCUGAAACUUCUUCUUCUGGAGCAAGAGUGGGAACCAGUAGCUGUCAUCAGGCCACAUGUCACCAAAGGGGAUCUGGUCCAGCUGGAACCAUCGAGGGCGCAUUUCUGUACCAAGGAGCAGAAAGGAAGUACACCAUGUCAAAGCCGAUUUAGCCUGACCUGUGAGGAGUUACCCAGCAGGGUUUUACUUGAGUGGUGCUGGGAUUGAACUGGGGGCACUCUACACUGACUACAUCCCCAGCCUUUCUUUUUAUUUUGAAGCGUGUCACUAAGCUGCCCAGCUGUCCUUGAACUUGCAAUUGCCCUGCUUCAGCCUCCCAAAUUGCUGGGAUUAAGGUAUGGCCACUGUGCCCAGCUAUUGCACAGCAGUUCUGUGUGAGGAAUUUAAUUUACUUUUGUA